UCCUUUAUUUUAAAACAUCCACCAAGAUUAUUCCAUUUCAUUUCUUUCUUUUCCGUUCACCUCUAGUCAAUCCAUAGCCUCAGUCUCCACUCCCUUCAGGUCUUCCAACAGCAAACCAUUUUCACUUAUCAGAAGGACGCACAGACUCGAUCAUCACAUUUCCACACACCAUUUCAUCAUUAACUAGCUUAGCUAUAUCUUUCAGACAUUUCCACAAACACCUGCCUUGCACUGCACAAUCAACAUUGAUGUCACAUUCACAUAUACCGCCAGAGCUAAUCACCAAUAUACUGUCCCAUUUACCAGUCAAGUCUCUCGCACGCUUCCUCUGCGUUUCAAGGCAAUGGUACGACCUCAUCAGCGACUCGGGUUUCAUCAAGAAGCACCUCAAUCGCUCCGUCGAGACCAACAGAGACCGCACCAUCAUCCUCCUUGAACACGACGGCUCGCAUUGCGGAAAUGGCUUCUCCUUCAAUUUCGACGACGACGAAGAUCAGUUCUGCAACGCCGUGAAAAUGUACCCGCCUUUACAACACUGCGACAUCUUGGACUGUUGCGACGGCUUGGUUUGCCUUCUUAAGGGGCGCGAAGAGGUCGUGAUUUGGAAUCCAUUGCUAAGGAAGUACAGGAAAUUGCCGAGCGAAAAACCUAAAGGUGUUAUGGAUUUUUGGUUUUCCCAAUUUGCAUUCUGUCACGAUCACCAGAACGAUGACUAUAAGGUGUUGAGGCUUUUUCAACACAAGUACUUGCCUAUAGAAAUCAAGGUAUAUAGUCUUAAAUCACAGCGUUGGAAAAAAGUUGAAGAACAAUGGCCAAACAAGGAGAUAUGUCAUUGGGAGUCGGCGUCUUUUAAUGGAGUUGUGCAUUGGUUAGUUUCUGAUUUUGGCGUGCUGGAUAAGGAGUCGCUUCUUGCUUUUGACCUUGCCUCUGAGAAAUUCAAGCUCUAUACGACGCCGGUUUCACCAGAUUUUGAUCAGGAAACUCGCUUGGAAGCGUUGGGAGGAUACCUCUGUUUUGUUGUGAAUGUUUACGGAGAGUAUAAUGAUGUUUGGGUUAUGAAAGAAUAUGGGGUUGAGAGUUCUUGGACUCAGAUUUAUAAAAUUGAGAAAGUUGCAGUGCCUUGGGAUUUUGAGUAUUACAAGCCUCUUAUGUUUUCCAAGAAUGGCAAGAAGGUUCUGUUGGAGGAGCACUGGAAUCACAAUCCAUUUCCUAUUGAGUAUGACAUAGAAAAGAUACAUAGCAAGAAUCUUAUUUGGUAUGACAUAGAAAAGAAACAAGGCAAGAGGGUUCAGAAUUGGAGUUUUCCUGAUGCAUUUAGGACGGCAACUUGUAUUGGGAGCCUUCUUCUCCUCGAUGGUGAUAAUGUGAUUGAUCCUUGGCAGAGGAAUGCUAGUCCAUCAGAGGGUCUUAAUCUGUUGCUGAAAGCAGUGGAUGAAUUAGAAAAUGAAAUGCUAGAACGAUAAAGAGCAUACUGGAUGCAACAUUUGGUUUUAUAAGAAAAUUGUUAGAGAGUACUCUGGUGGAAGAAUUUCAAUGACUGUCAAUUGUUCACUUAUACAUGGCAUGUAUCUACAAGUCUCUGGAGUUUGCAAUUCACUAACACCAAAUCUGAUUCGUAAUCAUCUCAUGGAGUUAUUGAUUACAACUCCAAGGUGAGGUUAUUGGUUGGUAUUGGAACCAUUGCUGAUUUUUUUUAAUAGAUAAACCGUAGCUGGCUAAGUUCAAUAUUUCAUGCUUUUACAACUCUUUGGCUUUUCCAUCUUCAGAAGGGUUCAAAUUUGAUUUUAAUGUUGCUUGAUAUAUGGAGAAUGAUUGUGCUCUGUACUGUUAGGAAUCAAUUUGGAUAGGAGUAGGUCUUUGUGUAGAGGCUCAAGUUGCUUAUGUAAUAACUGACAUAUCUGCAUAGUGUGAGCAGGCUUUCACUAAUGCUCUAUUGAAGAUUUUUCAUUUUUACAUGA